UGCCCAUGCGGCAGCGUGCGUUCGCUGCCGGUGAGCGGCUUGUACCCGUUGCAGUGGUAGAUGUAAAAGCAUGCUGUAAGCUGUUUCUUAGGCGUUGUAGGUGUGUCGCUCCAGCUGGAAAUGCCCCAUCGUCCCACGUACUGCCAUGAUAGUCUUCUAUGCGUAUUGAACUCCUAUUGAGAGCCAGACCGCCAUACUUAAACGGUCGAUUUGGCGUGCUUCCGAUGGCAUCGAAGACAAACAUUGUGCGCGGCAAGCAUGGGCCGCUUGUUGGGGCCAUCGAUCAAGGAACAAGCAGCACUAGAUUUCUGGUUUUCGCGAGCAAGACAUCCGAAUUGAUUGCCUUCCAUCAAACGGAAAUACAGCAGGUUUUUCCAAGCGAUGGAUGGGUGGAAGAGGACCCGUAUGAAAUCGUCGCGUCUGUCCAUGAGUGUAUAGAAAAAACUGUCGAUAAACUGAAGGCGCUCGAGAUUGACCAUCGUGAUAUCAUAGCCCUUGGAGUUGCCAACCAAAGGGAGACAACAAUUCUUUGGGACAAGAACACUGGAAAGCCUCUGUACAAUGCGAUCGUUUGGUUGGAUAACAGAACAACGGGAACUGUUGAAAGCCUGCUGUCGAAAACCCCUGGCCACGAUAAAAACUAUCUGAAGAGAAAAUGUGGGCUGCCUUUGAGCACCUACUUCAGUGCGGUUAAGCUAAAGUGGCUCAUGGACAAUGUUCCUGAAAUAAAAGAGGCAAUGGAUCAAGGGCGCUGCAUGUUUGGCACAGUUGACUCAUGGCUUAUCUAUAACUUCACAGGAGGGACCAAGGGGGGUGUUCACAUCACUGACGUCACAAACGCAAGUCGAACAAUGCUUAUGGACAUCGAAACAUUGAAGUGGGAUAACUUCCUGUGCAAGUUCUUUGGGGUGCCAAUGUCGAUACUUCCGAAGAUUUGUAGCUCUUCAGAAAUCUAUGGGAGAAUGUGUGAAGGUCCACUUCUUGGUGUUCCCAUUUCAGGGUGCCUCGGAGACCAAAGUGCAGCGCUUGUGGGUCAACUGUGUUUCGACAUCGGUGAAGCCAAGUGCACGUAUGGCACUGGAUGCUUCCUAUUAUGCAACACUGGCCUGGAGACUGGCUUGCAGAUUGUACAGUCCUCUCAUGGUCUGCUUACGACUGUUGCCUACAAGCUGGGACCAAAACGUCCUGUCCAAUACGCUGUGGAGGGGUCUGUUGCUAUUGCCGGGGCUGCUGUUCGGUGGCUGAGGGACAACAUGGGCCUCCUCAACAGCAGCAGUGACAUCGAGAAAGUGGCCCGUACAGUAGGCAGCACACACGGUGUCUACUUUGUCCCGGCCUUCUCGGGCCUGUACGCACCUUACUGGGAGCCAGAUGCGCGGGGCAUAAUAUGCGGCCUCACGCAGUUCACGACUCGAGCACACAUUGCCAGGGCUACCCUGGAAGCUGUCUGCUUUCAGGUGCGGGAUAUUUUGGAUUCAAUGGAUCGAGACUCAGGGACCCGACUGAAACAACUUUUAGUCGACGGUGGCAUGGCAGUCAACGACUUGCUCAUGCAGCUACAAGCCGACUUGCUUGGUAUUCCUGUUGUGCGACCCCAAAUGGCAGAAACAACCGCACUGGGUGCAGCCAUUGCAGCUGGGGCAGCCGAUGGCAUCGAUGUGUGGAGCCUGGACAGCCGCAACUUCCCCAAGGUUACGACUGAUGUUUUCGAACCGUCGAUACUUCCUGCAGAGCGUGAACAUCGUUUUGCGAAAUGGAAAGACGCUGUUUCUCGUUCGAAGCACUGGCAAGAAGUAAAUCCUGACGAAGCCAAAAAGAAGCAGCAAGGGAAAAGCUGGUGGCUGAUGUCAUCCAUUCCAGCAGGGAUCUUUGUAACAUCGUCCUUUGCAACACUUUUGUUAGCAAAAGCCUGUGCGAAACUUCCAAACUGACUUGACGCCUUGGCUUAGGAGAGUUCCUUACCUUGUUGACUAGCGGAAGCACUUUUGCAUUUGUGCAACUGGGACUAUGUAUUUUUUACAUAGGUAGCAUGACUUCCAUUCCCAGUGGUGAUGAUGUACAAACAUUUGUCUCGUGUCUAGGAGAAGUAGUUGUUUUAGAUGAACUGCUGCUUGCAUUUUUUUUGUCUCAUUUUUUUUUUUUACUUUACUGUGCAGCCUUCAUCUACUGCAUGUAGAAUGAGAUUGGGCAUGUUAUGUGAGUGAGUAGUCUCAAAAACUUUUUAAAGGGCAUGCUUGAUUUCACCUUUCUUUCUGCCUUCUUCUGUUAUGCUGCUGUUCUGUUUGCUUCUGUGUGUGCACCCCACGUCCCUAAAACCUACAUUGUGUAGCUGUCUUAGGAAGCCUCAAGUGACCUUCUAAGCUGUGAUACGACAGUUACAUAUGGUAUUUACAGUGCUGCUCAUCUUAAGCACAUUGUUUGUUUUUUUCCUUGAAUUUAAGUAAAGGUGUGCUUGGUAAAGUAGGGAAUAGGAGGACCAGGAUCUAAUAGGAGCAUGUGAUUUUUUUUUCCCUUUUUGAUAAUCCACUUUGGCAUUAGUGCUUUGGUUGGCUGUUGUUGCUGUUUUGAGAUUGUUUAUUCCCCUCUUUACCUGCAGCCUUUCACAAAGCAUACCACAAAUAAACAC